CCUCUAUAAGCCCGUGGGAACGGGGGUUCGACGCCCCUUUCACAAGAUGGCGCCGAAGGCGAAGAAGGAAGCUCCUGCCCCUGCCAAAGCCGAAGCUAAAGCAAAGGCUUUGAAGGCCAAGAAGGCAGUGCUGAAAGGUGUCCAAAGCCACAAAAAGAAGAAGAUCCGCACAUCACCCACCUUCCGGCGGCCCAAGACACUGCGGCUCCGGAGGCAACCCAAAUAUCCUCGGAAGAGCGCCCCCAGGAGAAACAAGCUUGACCACUAUGCCAUCAUCAAGUUCCCCCUGACCACUGAGUCUGCCAUGAAGAAAAUAGAAGACAACAACACACUUGUGUUCAUUGUGGAUGUCAAGGCCAAUAAGCACCAGAUCAAACAGGCUGUGAAGAAGCUCUAUGACAUUGAUGUGGCAAAGGUCAACACCCUGAUCAGGCCUGAUGGAGAGAAGAAGGCAUAUGUUCGACUGGCUCCUGAUUAUGAUGCUCUGGAUGUUGCCAACAAAAUUGGGAUCAUCUAAACUUGAGUCCAGAUGGUUAAUUCCAAAUAUACAACUUUUUUCACCAUA